AUGCCAGACUGGAGCCCUAGCUCUUGGACCGCCAAGCCCAUCAAGCAAGAUGUGGUCUAUGAAGAUAAAAAGGGCGUACAAGACGCACUAGAGAAGCUGCAAAAGCUCCCGCCUCUAGUAACAACACGAGAGAUCAACAAUCUCAAAGCCAGCUUGAAAAAUGUCGCCUUAGGCAAAGCAUUCGUUCUUCAAGGAGGAGAUUGUGCUGAGCUGUUUGACUACUGCACUCAAGAUAUGAUUGAGGCUAAAGUCAAGCUUCUACUGCAAAUGAGCUUGGUUUUAAUUUGGGGAGCCAAUAAGCCAGUCAUUCGCAUAGCUCGCAUUGCUGGUCAAUUUGCGAAACCACGAUCCAGCCCAACAGAAGUGGUAGACGGAGUGGAAAUGCCCUCAUUCCGUGGUGAUAACAUCAACGGUUUCUCGGCAGAUGUUGAAUCGCGACAGCCAGAUCCAUCUCGCCUUGUCUCGGCAUACUUCCACUCGGCCGCAACACUAAACUACCUCCGCGCCUCGCUAUCAUCAGGUCUAGCAGACCUGCACUCUCCACUAGACUGGGGUCUAGGCCAUGUAAUAACCCCAUCGAUCAAAGAAAAGUACAGUCGAACAGUCAACGCAGUGAAAGACGCACUACGCUUCAUGCGCACAGUCGGCAUCGACAAAGACCGCGGUAUCGAAACCGCAGACAUAUACACCAGUCACGAGGGUCUCUCUCUCGAAUACGAACAAACCCUCACCCGGCUACUCAGAAACCCGGUUACAAGUACUUCAUCUGGAGCAAUGGCCCAGGCUGCUGUAGAAUAUUAUGCUACCUCGGCACAUUUCCUCUGGAUUGGCGAUCGAACUCGUCAACUUGACGGCGCCCAUGUCGAGUUCUUCCGCGGAAUAGCAAAUCCUGUCGGUAUUAAGAUUGGUCCGUCCAUGGUAGCAGAUGAUCUGGUCAGCUUGUUAGACGCUGUCAAUCCAGCCCGGGAAAUCGGGAAAGUCACACUCAUUUCACGCUACGGUGCAGGGAAGAUCGCGCAGUUCUUACCUGGUCAUAUUGCCGCUGUACAGGCGUCUGGCCAUGUCCCUGUUUGGCAAUGUGAUCCUAUGCAUGGGAACACGCAGUCAACUCCAUCCGGUAUCAAAACCCGCCAUUUUACGGAUAUUCUGUCAGAGUUACGGCAGGCUUUGGAGAUUCAUCGGGCUGCCGGGUCGUUUUUGGGCGGUAUGCAUCUUGAGCUAACUGGCGAGGCUGUUACUGAGUGUGUUGGUGGUGCUGCUGGCUUGACGGAAGAUGGGUUGGGAGAAAGGUAUACCACUUUCUGCGAUCCUCGUCUUAACGAAAAGCAGGCGCUGGAGCUGGCAUUCUUGGUUGCUGGGUUCUAUCGACAGGAGGAGGAUAAGUGA